AUGUCUUACACAGUAGACAUAAAUAACAGUGGUGGAAAACGAGUUAGUUCUGUGUUGGCUUGUUUAGACCAUAACUAUUCUACAGUUAUGAAAAUUGUAGAUGAGCUGUCUGCUAUUGACAGUGAGCUCUGUGGGCUAUUUAGCGACAAAAUUAACACUUCCAGCAUAUAUUCCAUACAAUUAUAUCGAGGGAGGAUAGCCAAACGCAUCGCAUCAUAUGACAAACAGCUUAAGCAUUUGCAACAUUAUUACGAAAUAACUCCAUUCAGCGAAUCUAAACGGGUUCUAUCAUCACUUUAUCACAAACAUUCAACUAGUCUUAGCAGAUAUAAGAGUAAUCUGAAUGACUGGUGGUUGGGGAUUGAAAAUAAAUUUAAUCAGUUAUGCCUAACAUCAUUCGUUAGUGAAACAAACCAUAAUAAAUCAGUAGCUAGACAUGCAAAACUGGAGGAGAAAUUGUUUGACACCAAAAAAAUGAUGCUGUCACUUGAUUCCCAAAUGCAAGCUGCCGAAUCUAGCAUUUUGAAGAGUUCAGAGUAUAUAAAUGAACAAGAAGCCUUUUACAAAGCUUUUAAGAAUCACUUAAGUAAGGCUUCUUCACUGUUAUCUCAACUACAUUACAGAACUUCCAAACGUAAAAACUUUAUAUAUACAUGUUUAUUCUUCCAACUGGCCGUGUGUGCUAUCAUAAUCCUCCGCCGCCUCUCGAUUAUUCGCAUUGCCCUUUGGCUAAUAUCCAUUAUAUUCAAAAUCAUUAAAUUACCCUUUUACGUCAUUGGCCCCUUCCUAAGGUCAUUUAUUAUUUCCUCUAGAAUGGAUUACACAAACGGAGAUGUAUCAAAUAUAACAAAUUCUAGUAUAUCAUUGUCGGAUAAUGUUACCUUGCCUUCAUCAGUUCCAUCUACUGUCAACCCUAGCACUGGCCCUCCACAUACAGAUUCCAGUAUACAUUUUACAAUAAAAGAUCCAUCACUAUCUACCAAUGGUAUAAUUUAUGUGCCACGCACUCCAUCUCACAUUGACACACCUAUUACCGAUAUAGCAGUAGACAUCGAGUCAAUUGCUAGAAAUGCCGAAAUGUAG